UCGAUUUUUAUUGCACCCUUUGGUCUACCACUUCCUCUGAGGCCUGAGCUUUCUCUUUCUAGAAACUCCCAAACCCAAAAAUCCUUCAGAAUUCACCAACUCACUCCAAACCGGGAACCCUUCAUUUUCACUCACCCCAAAUCACUCAUUUCUUUUUCUGCGUUGCCGCUGAAGCUAAAUUCAUCUCUUUUGGACUUGAAUUUGUGUAAAUGGAUGAACAACCUUCUGUGAGUGAGGAUGGGGACAUGAAUCAAAUUGUAGAGAGUUCUAAUAGUAAAGAGGUAACUACAACUGAAGGAAGUUCUGAUAUGGAACCAUAUGUAGGCAUGGAAUUUGAAUCUGAAGAGUCUGCCAAGGUGUUUUAUGAUGCAUAUGCUACACGCUUGGGAUUCAUGAUGCGUGUUGAUGCCUUUCGACGUUCAAUGCGUGAUGGGAAGGUAGUUUGGCGCCGGCUUGUAUGUAAUAAAGAAGGAUUUCGCAAGUUAAGGCCUAGAAGAAGUGAAAAUAGGAAGCCUCGAGCAGUAACAAGAGAAGGAUGUAAAGCCAUGAUAGUGGUAAAGAAAGAAAAAACAGGAAAAUGGAUUGUAACAAGAUUUGUAAAGGAGCAUAAUCAUCCACUAGUAGCCACACCUUCUAAUGGUCGUCGAACUGUGCUUUUAUCUCAAACACCAGAUGAGAAAGAUGUAAAAAUUCGAGAAUUGACUGCUGAACUACAACGAGAGCGAAAGCGAUCUGCAGCUUACCAACAACAACUUGACAUGGUUUUGAGAGAGAUGGAAGAGCACUCGAAUCACCUAUCAAGAAACAUUGAGGACAUAGUGCAAAGUGUGAGAGAAAUCGAAUCAAAGAGGCAUUUUUACACUGCAACACUUUGUAUUCUUUAUGCUUGGUGGAGACCCAUAUUGCAUAAAACAUGGGUUGUACAUAAAUGAACAGAGCAAGAAGCACAAUUCCCCAUAGUGAUCCAACUGCACUAAAAGCACAUUGACCGCGACAAGACCUAUAUCCACCCUUAUCGGGAUGACUUUAGCCAUGGAAGGUGCUAAAAAUAUAAUCCCAACAAUGGACGCUACAGCUGAUAAGUAGAGCAUAAAAUCUCUUCCCACCUUAAGGUGCAACUCUUGGAAUUUUUCUUUCUGGUAAAUGUUUAGAUAAACCUCGAGUGUUUUGGCUACCAAGCUUGAUGGGAGGAAACAAGCUAAAUGAUAUGAAGUCAUACACAGUACACUUGGGAUCUCAUGAACACCCUUCUUAAGCUUCUGAGGCUCAUCUUCAUGUAGUUACUGAUUCUCAUUAUGAUUUCUCACCUCUAUGUGAAGGUAUCAAGUUUCCUCCUUAAUUACUAUAAUUCUUAGACCAAAUGUAUGGUUAAUAUAUAUUGUAUAUGGUUACAUAUAUAUUGUAUAAUAUCUAUCUCAUGCAUAGUGAGAAAGCCAGAAAUGCAAUUUUUACAACUUUUCUUGAGUAGGAAGAGGCAAUUCAAAAUUGCAAGUAAUUGAGACUUAUUAAUAAUAACAUAUGUGUUUGAUUGAUGAUUGAUGAUUCAUCACACAGUAACUUAUAUUAAUUGUAAAGCGUUCAAAUA